GGGAGGAUGGAGGCCGGGGAGGCAGCGCCGCCGGCGGGGGCGGGCGGCCGCGCGCCGGGCGCCUGGGGCAAGUGGGUGCGGCUCAAUGUGGGGGGCACGGUGUUCCUGACCACCCGGCAGACGCUGUGCCGGGAGCAGAAGUCCUUCCUCAGCCGCCUGUGCCAGGGGGAAGAGCUGCAGUCGGACCGGGAUGAGACAGGAGCCUACCUCAUUGACCGUGACCCCACAUACUUUGGGCCCAUCCUGAACUUCCUCCGGCACGGCAAGCUGGUGCUGGACAAGGACAUGGCUGAGGAGGGGGUCCUAGAGGAAGCGGAGUUCUACAACAUCGGCCCGCUGAUUCGCAUCAUCAAAGACCGGAUGGAGGAGAAGGACUAUCCCGUCACACAGGUCCCCCCCAAGCACGUGUACCGCGUGCUGCAGUGCCAGGAGGAGGAGCUGACGCAGAUGGUGUCCACCAUGUCCGACGGCUGGCGCUUCGAGCAGCUGGUGAACAUUGGCUCCUCCUACAACUACGGCAGCGAGGACCAGGCCGAGUUCCUGUGUGUGGUGUCCAAGGAGCUCUAUAGCUCCCCGCACGGGCUGAGCUCGGAGUCCAGCCGCAAAACCAAGAGCGCGGAGGAGCAGCUGGAGGACGAGCGGCGGCAGGAGGAGGAGGUGGAGGUGCAGGUGGAGGUGCAGGUGGAGGCAGAUACACUGGAGAAAGCUGUUACAAGCCAGAGGCACCCGGAUGUGAGGCCCCAGAUCACCUCCAGGGACUUGGGGUUCCGAUCUGAAAUCCUUUAUUUUUGUACCACGGGGUGGGGCCCCAGCUCCAGGCGGAGGAAGCACUCUCCCCCCUGCCACUUCUGUCUACACCUGCGGGGCUGUGAUUUACCCCUGCGUCUGGGGGCUGGGCGGGGGCCCGCUGGCACCUCUCAAGGCCUGAGGUGGGCCCUGGGACCCCUGGGCAGAGCCGCUGGCCUGUGGCCAAAAUGUGGUGCUGUCUAGCUGCGUUUCCCAGCCGCCACGGCCCCUCCCCCGGGGUCCCCCUGCUGCAUGACUGAGACCCCCCCCCCAGUCAUGUCCCCUCCCUGAGCCUUAGUCUCCCCAUCUGUCCGAUGGGUCCACUCUCCCCACCGCCUACCUCACAGGGUUGUUGUGAGGUUACAAAGAGGAGCAGGGUCCCAGAAGGCCCUGGGGUGGGAGGUGGGGAGGAGGUGUACAAAGCACCAGGCAGGGUGGCUGCCCUUCAUCCUUCCCUUGGAGGGGGAAGGGUCUGCUCAGCCCCACAGAGAGAUUCAGGUAUUGGUGGAAAGAAGGAGGAAGGGGGAGGGUGACCUUGCUUCGCCCCCCCCCCAUCUGUACCACUGGGUGCAGAGUGGGCAGUGCAGCCAUCAGGACCUAGUGAGAAGGGCCAGGGGGACCCUCGUCCCUGUGCCCUGGGGAGACAGGGGCUGAGCAAGGGGCCCCUCCUGCGUUGACGAUCUCCCGGGCUGUGUCCAACCCCACCAUGUAAUAAAGCCUGAAGAAACAGCCA